AUGGCCGAACCAGGAAAGGGGAAACUGGGCUGCUCACCAAAGGAAGAUUUCAACCCAUUAGAUGAAAAUAUAGGAUCAUAUGGAGACCAGAGAGACCAGACUUCUGAUCAUGAUGCAGACAGAAGCAGUGGGGAUGACCAUGGAGCAGAUCAUCCGCUUCACUCCCUUGAGGGGCAGUUGGAGGACCUGUGUAUAGAAGAAGCUGAUCAACUGCCUUUUAGCCCACCCACUAGCUCAAGAUUUUCGAAGCGGGAAAAGGUUCGCAGAAAUAGUGGAAGGCGAUCAGUACAGAAGAAUAAGGAAAAUGAAAAAUCGAAAAAGCCCAAAGUUGUUGUUUCUUUUAUAAAGGAGCGGUACAGUGAGAGCAAUGCGCUAUACAGUGGCCUGGCUCAUGCAGAUUCUGAUGCAGACUUGGAGCGUGGUCCAGGUGACACAAGAGAUAAGGAGAAACGGAAACGAGAUAGAGAAGAUAAGCUAAAAAGUAAGGUGCGACAACAGGAAAUACUUAGUAAGAGGGAAGAUUUGAGCACUGUCAGUGAGAAUAUAGCAAGUAACACUGCCCCUAUGGACAUAAAUACUCCUGUUGUUCCGGUAAAGUUAGAGGGCUCUGGCAGAUUUGUCUCCCUUGGUUUGCCUAGCACUAGCUGCCGUCACAUUGCAUUGCCAAUUUUGUCUUCAGAUAAACUAGAAAGAAGGCCAGCAGUGUCCUCAUUUGCGGACUGUCCCAAUGAAAGGUUGAUAUUUUUCAAGACAUUUCAAGCUUUGAUUAAUAUGGGAUCUCAAGGGAAAAAGCAGAAAGAGCAAAAGGAGAAGGAGAGAAUGUUUCCACAGAGACAGAAAAGUGCAGAAGAGGAUCUGUACAUGUCCAUUAUAUGGAUAGGUUUACAGGCCUGGCUAAAUGGAAUGUCCCUUGAGGAUCAACAAAAGAUGAUGGAUCUCGAAAGAGAGAAAAUACCCCAUGUUUUAAAUGAAAUCAUGGAGUUUCAAGUGCAAUUCCCACAGUCCAACUGUGUGCAAAACAAUAGUACAGGAGGUUCUGAAUCCCAUAACCGAGAUAGCUCAUGCAGUGUAGAUACAACUGUAACAGACAUCACUGAGUCCUACCAUACAAUGUAUGUGAAUCAGGACAUGAUUCAACAGCAGCAACAAGCUGUGAUACAAGUAGAAAGACUGCUAGAAAAGUUGGACAAGUGCGAACAACUUUAUCGAUCAGAUGCUGUCUUUGCAGCUAGUCAUCCAAAGUACAAGGAGCCCACUUUUAUCCAAAGAACUGAAGCAUUGUAUCUGUGGUUAAACACAACUAAAGAUUUGUGCCAUAAAAUUAAUGUUUUAGGUCAGGUUUUCAAUAUAUCAGCCGAACAAGGCUGGAGGUACAUUAGUUUUAAUCGUGAGGAUAACGUUCAAUCAUUUGAUCGUCAAAUCAAUAGGGAAAGCAUUCCAGAAAUAGUUCAGGAUGAUGACUACUGUGAUGAUGAUGAUGAUACGGAUGCUGUAUAUACAGAAAAUUCUCAGGAAAAUAGUGAACAAAACAAAUUAGUUACAAAUAGCUGUGAAAGUAGUGGUAGUGAAAAGAGUGAACAGCAAAAGAGAGUUAGUUUUCAAAUGUCAGAACCCAGAAGAGAUGUCAGUAGUUCAAACACAAGUAGACUUGUUUCACCAGUAUCUAGUCCAAAACGUGACCUUAGUCCAAGUCAGUUUGGGAGCCCGCCAGACUCCUCGACCCCUCUGCGAGCUCAGUUUUCCUCUGCGUCUCUGUCCCGUGCCUCUAGUGAGGCCAGUCUGGAUGAUCUGGGCCGCUCCCUGUACCGUGCUUAUGUAGAUAAGGGGCUGAAGAAGAUUGGGCUAAGUAAAAUGUUGAUCCGCCUACGUGAUAUCCUGUACACAUCCUUAAGAAGAGCUAGACAGAGCCUUGAGUAUAGAAGUAGUGACAGUGAGGUUGUGGACAAGUCACCGUCAGACGAGUAUUACCAGCACUCCUCUCCAACCCUUGACUUGCUUGACAAGUCCCCGGGGACGCACCUUGAGUCUCACCCCACGGAGAAGCUGCGUGCAUGGCGGGAUGAGUUCCUGGAGAUUGGCCUGCCUUCAUAUAGACCCACAUACAUCUUCCUUCUGCAGGUGCUAUUGGAUGUGAUCCACGAGGCUAUGAAGAUCCGCCUUGAGCAGCUACAAAACCCAAUAGGGGAACCGUCCUUCCUCUCCAUAAGACAGCUGAUCAUUGAGUGUAAGGACAUGCUAGCGAAGGCUGUGAUGGUGAAGCAGGACUACCAAUGUAUGGUGCAGGCUGUUCUCGAUGAUCAUGAGGCCCAGGCAGAGAAUUCCCCGCUCGAUCUGGAAAGGUUUGAUGACGACAUGUGCAAGAUGUUCAAGAUGUACUUCCAGUACCUACAGAACUGGCUAUACCACCUGCAGAAUUUGCCAGAGGCUUCACGUUCUUUGAAGAACCCACUGGAGGAGGAGUGGAACUUCACCAAGAAGAUCUGCCCUCACAUCAUCAGUGGUGAGGCAGAGGCUGGCAAGAGGUUUAGUACAAUGGCGAUCAGCCUGCUGAACUCGAUAUCAGACUUCCUGGAGACAGGCGUAGAUGAGUGCACGUCAGACAUGUUUGACUGGACACUGCAUGGCGGAGAGAUGAGCAGCUCAGAGGAAGAAAGUGAGGAGGACCACGACAUCUCAAGAAAUAAGUCUUCAAGCUCUCUCAGGAAGUCUUUCCAGGCAACAUGUCGGAGGUUUAAAAGUCUGUUCCAUGAGGCGAGAGAGAGAGCUUCAAAAGCACUCGGCUUUGCCAAAUUGUUACGCAAGGAUCUUGAGAUUGCUGCAGACUUCAAUGUAGCUGUGUCAAUGCCAGAACUGCUUCAAAAGCUCAAAGACUCUGAUCAUAUAAAUGUGAUAGCCCAGAUAGGCAUGAUAAGUGCUGGCUACCUGAUGUUCAUACCGAGACGUAUAGCGGAUCAGCGUCGGCAUAUUAUCCAGCUUCUCAAUGUGACUUGUGGGCGAGAGGACGUCUCGGCAUCCACGGACAUCACAAGUCGUGAUGACGCCUACCUUGUGAUGGUGAGGUGUGGGGCAGGCACGGACUUAAAUGCCGAGUGCCCAACAUGGUCAGGCGAGAGCAUCCAGGUUGAGCCCACUGCUGAGACUGCCAUCGCUCUCUCACAUAUAUGGGUUGAGUCGCUGUUACUGGUUGUGAUUCACUCGUCACAGCUUUCGGCCCAGCGACGGGAGUUUGAGAACCUGAUGGGAAGCACUGUUGAGCUGGUCAAUGAGCAGACCUCUUGCCACCAGAUCAUCGUCGAAUCUCUCUACGAUCUCAAGGAAUCGGCAAUCUCGCUGCGUGGCAAGGUGGCGUCAGUGAUUCAGCAGGUGGAAUCUAAUUGGAGCCUUGAGAUGGAGAUGGAAGAACACGAGAAAAAACACAUCCUUAAACUUUACCGGGAAACUAUGCUUCAGGCCUAUGACUUUGGAUUUGAGUACAUGAAGGAGGUGACGCGUCUGGUGUCCGGAGAGACGCGGCACAAACUGGGCCCAGGUUCCAUGGCCUUUGCCAAGGACUGGAUGAUGUUUGUCUCGGAGAAGUGUGAGCGGGGACGGGGAAUGAGACCCAGGUGGGCGAACCAGGGUCUGGACUUCCUGCUGAUAGCGUGUGAACCCAAGAACCUGGCUGUUCUCACUGAACAGGAAUAUAAGGACCUUCAGGAGAUGUUGAAUGACUUCAUCACCCAUCUGAUAGGCAAUGCUGACAAGGCCUCUCACUUUGGCGGCCAUGGAGGACCGCUUCCAAAGCCGCGCCACGGUGGUGAGAUCUAUAGUCGUCAGCAGUAUCAGCGCUACCCCUCCUGGCCGACUUCGCACGGGGAGGGAAGGAUGGCCCGGUCCCAGUCCUCAAAACUCGUGGCAGAAGGACCAACAGUACCCCAGUCAGCCCCUGUUGUCACCAACACUUCCUCACAGCCACAUAUGCGUUCAAUACAGUCGACUCCAUCACUUGACUCUAAUGAUUCCCCGGACUGUUCCCCUGCAGGCUUGGACAAGCGGGCCUCAGACAGUGCUGUAGACAUCCAUGAAGGGGAAGAUGGCGGCAUCGUUAUGGAAGUCCACCCCAGACACAGGGGUUCUGAUGGAGGCCUGAACUUGUGUGCAAGCCACAACAUGUUCAGCUACAAACCCCACACCCGCAUGGUCACUGCAAUCGAAAAUCUUGAACGGAGCCGGCAAGAGGCGCUGCGUGAACGCAAGGUGAUUGGCCAUGUGACGGAGCACCGUGAGGUCAGCUACCACGUUAACACACGCAAGGUUAACUUCCACUGGCAGAAAGGCAACAAGAUCGGUGAGGGGCAGUUUGGGAAGGUGUACUCGGCAGUGAACAUGGAUACAGGCGUACUCAUGGCCAUGAAGGAGAUGAAGUUUCCAUCAGCGGACAUGCAGAGCCAUUUCAAGGACAUCAUAGAUGAGAUCAAGAUAUUUGAAGGGAUCUCCCAUCCUAACCUGGUCAAGUACUUUGGAGUGGAAGUACACAGGUCGGAGAUGCUGGUGUUUAUGGAGUACUGUGACCGGGGUACCAUAGACGAGGUGUCACGUAUCGGCCUUACAGAGGACCUCAUACGGAAAUACACCAAGGAGCUGAUACGGGCCGUGCAGGUGCUCCAUGACAAUAAGAUUGUACACAGGGACAUCAAAGGUGCCAACAUAUUUCUGACAUCUUCUGGCUGCCUGAAGCUGGGAGACUUUGGCUGCUCAGUGAAGCUGAAGAACCACACCACCAUGGUAGGGGAGGUGAACAAGCUGGUUGGAACCACAGCUUACAUGGCCCCAGAGGUUGUAACAAAGAAUGAUAGCGAGGGUCACGGGCGAGCAGCGGACAUCUGGAGUAUCGGAUGUGUUGUCAUAGAAAUGGCAUCAGGAAAGCGUCCCUGGCACGAGUUUGAGAACAACUUCCAGAUCAUGUUUAAGCUAGGUAUGGGUGCGAUCCCGAGUAUUCCGGAGAUGCUGUCCGAGGAGGGACGGGACUUCCUUUCCCACUGUCUUGAAAUUGACCCGGACCACCGCUGGUCCACCUCGCAGCUACUCGACCACCCCUUCACCAAGAUCUAUGACCCAGAGGCCGAUGAGGAGGGUGCCAGUGAGGGGCAUGGGUAGCAGGCAACACACAGUCUGAAAUGGGAUAUUGUUGUGAUAGUAUAUUGACAUGAUGUUAAUCCUCCAGGGCUGUUCAUAUUGUUGUCAUGUUAUAUAUCCUGACAUGUGAUAUUGAGGCUCAUGCAAUUAUAUGCGUGACAUGGACAUGAUGUUCACCCCUUCACAGGGUCAUUAAGGUGAUAGAUAGUUACGACAUGCUUCUCGCCCCUUGUGUGCAGGAGAUAUCCACAGAGUUGUGAUAGUAGGACCAUGUGAUUGCCGUAUGAUUGCCAAUGGACUGGUCCAAAAUUGAAUUAAGUUAGUGUGAUCUUGUAGUUUUUUAACAGAUGACAGAUUUUUAUUUUCAUGACUGUUUAAAGUUGUGAAAUAGAUAUUCAGAUGUAUUGUUGAGGAAAAGUGCAAUUUAAUGCGCUCGCUUCUUUCUAUUUAUUAUGAAGUUGAAAUUUAUUAAUAACUUAUGAUUUUAUCUGCAUUAUUAACUGUUAUUACUCUAGAAUGUGUUGUAUGUUGCUAUUAUGGUUGUAUUUCCUGGAAUGCUUGUUUCCUUCUCAAUCAUGUUUAUUGUUAGACAUACACAGUUCUGAAGGUUAGGAGUCAUCAUUCGGUUACCGCAACAUUUAAAUGGAAUUGAGACUGAAUGAUUUUCAUUUCAUCAUUUCAUCAUUUCAACUGCUUGCCAUUUUCUGUACGGCUUCUAUGUAAAAAAAAGUGGGCCCAGCUGAAGACGGAUGUAAAUCCUUCUAUUUUUAUAUGGACUUAAGUCUGUCUUGCCUGGAGGCCUCAAAUUUUGCAAACAGGUGUAAGAAAUAAUUUUAUAAAUCCACUUAUUGGUGCAUAGGAGGUUUUAGAUAUUGUGUGACAGUUGCCUCUUUAUGAUGUGUGCAUCUGUCUCACAUUGUCUAUGCUUUCAUGGUGGUCUUCAAAUACUUAUUCGUAUCAACUUCUGACUUUGCAAAGCCAGUACAUGCACAUGUAUUUUAACUUCUGCCAAGUCAAGAAAACACACUUAUUACUUUAAUCCAGAAACUGUUUAUAAUUCAAACUCAAGAAAUUGUUUUCAAUUUCAAAUUUUCUUCUUCAAUGGAAAGAAAAAGUCCUCAUGUACAUGUUUUUAGAAUCUCAAAUCAAUGCAAGUUUCUAUUUUCCAUAAGAAUGAUAUUAUUAGAAAACACUUAAGACAGUAUGUUUAGAAAGGUUUUACAUAUUAUAUUGGGUUUUAUGUACACUUUAUUUUUUUCUGAAUUCUUACAUCCAAUAUUUUAUUUAAAAAAAACAGAUGAAGUAUUUGACACAUUUACAUGUAGGUAAUUUUGAAGUUGCCAAGCGCUCAGGACCCGGUUUCAAUAAAGAACUAUAGUUGUAUCAUAAAUCAUACAUCUGUAUAAAGAUCCCAAAUGUUAUGCACAUUGAUUGGAUGCUUUUAACUUUUUGUUCAGUUUUAAACCUGGCAAAUGUUUGCUUCAUGAAACAAAACUAUUACAUAUAAUUUCAAUUUACUACUAAAAUAGACUACGAUCUUUAUUGAAAUGGCCUCCGGAACUAUAUUGAUUUUAUCACUUAUAUUUUUUUUCAUUUAAUAAUUAAAUGGCUAGUUAACCUUUCAUAGUCGGUGAUUAUUUGUAAUGCAUGUGGUGAUCAUUGUUAUAGUUUGUUUUAAUGAAAUGUGAUAAGUUACUUAAUUUUUUUCAUCAAAUGAUUGCUAUUCUUGUGAUAAGAACUACAUCUAUACCUGGUAUUUGUCUGUUAAGGGUGAAACAGUUCGUAGAACUGAAUACAUGUAUUAGUUGGAAUUUAUCAGAGAUCAAGCCAUGGCAAUAAUGGUAAACCAUGAAAUUAUUUUUUUAUAAAUUAUGUAUUUAAAUUUUUAUGUUGAAAAUUGUUGAUGUUAUUAUGGAUUUGUUAUUGUACAUGGAUGUUGAAAUUAGUUUUAAUACAUGAACAUAUAGUUUUAAUUUCUAAGGUAUAUGUUUUGGUUUUUGAAUUUAGUAACCAUGCUGGCAUAGAUUUAUCUUGCUGACACAACUAAAGCCUUCAGCGUUUCCUACAGGAGUGACCAAGGUCACAGUAUUUUGUGUCUCAAAAGGGCACAGCAGUAACAUGUCACUUUCCUAAAUGGACACCCUGGCAUAUCUGACUUGCAAAGGACUCCUUCGACCGGGUGUACAUCCCAGUCUUGAAGAAACACUGGCCUAUUCUUACCCUACCUCUUUACCUGAAAUCACCUUGGUGACUGGUGUUUCUAUGAGCUCUUUAGGUAAGGAUAGUGGAUAUCAGAGAAUGUACUUAGUCUUGGAAAACUUUGUUGUGAUAUAUCUACCUGCCUAAAUGCAUAUUGAAGUUAGGGCAUUUUAAGAAUUCUACGAGCUUAAAUGCUGAUGGAAAUUAGGGGAUUUUAACAAAUUUACAUGCCUGAAGACUUUGAAAAAUUCGGGCUUUUUAAUAAAUCUUCAUGCCUAAAUGCUUAUGGAAAUUAUUGCAUUUGAUUAAAUCUACCUGCCUAUGAGCACAUUCAAAUAAAGUAAUUAUCAUCAAACUUCAACAUGGUGUCAAAAUCGUUGCUCUUCAUUUUCUUUACAAAUACUUAUAUUGCCUUUGCCUUUCCUAAAGAGUAAAACCGAUGAUUAUCUUGCCUUAACUGCUUGGCCAUCAUUCAUUGCAGAGGCAUUGGCAAGCAUCUAAUCUCGAAUACUCUUGUCAAAUUGGUAAUUCAUCCAAUUCCAGCACUUUUCAUAGGAAUUGCAAACUUGAUCAGUGGCCUUUUUUCAUCAAGAUUGAUAUAGUUGGUUUUGUGCCCUAGAGACUCGCAACAGUCCAGAACUACUGUUGAAAAUCUCACUUAGGAACGAAACCACUCCUGGGAUUCUGAAUGAAACAGCCCCAUGGUUAUUCUUGAUCACAUAGAUGCCCCAGAAAUGAAUUUCAGUCCUAAAGUAUAAACCAGUCCAAAUACACCUUCAAGAGACUUGCUCAUGUUUUUGGACCAUUUUUAUUUAAUGGUAAUGCAUCUGAAACAGUAAUAUUAGAAUUAUUUUACUCUUUGAUACCGAAAUUGCCGAAAAAAUAAGAUGUAUGAAAAAUAAUAUUUUGGUUUUAGUUGGAGAGUAAAUUCAGGUCAUGUAAAAAAAGUCAUCUUAACCACCAGGUCACAAGGACUAAUACUUCAGUUUAUGGAUAUUUUGACCUUUUAAGAAUACAUUGAAAACAUCCCAUGAUAAUGUCAAUCGACCAAUCACGCUACAAGGAAUCACUAAAUCCUGUUACUAACGCUUUUUUAAAUUGUGGUCUUUAAAGAUAAUGUUUGAGCUUAUAUCAACAUUUGCUAAAGAGUUCCAGCUGUGGGUAUCUUAUUUUAACACUCCUAAUGACUUGCCAUACUUUUUCGUCAUAAAAAACUGCAUUUGACAAAACAUGAGUGAGUCCCUUUAACAUCAGUGAUGAAUUUGUUUUAAUAGUCAUGAUGCUUGUGCAUGAUUUUUUACUUUCAAUGGCUGAGAUGCCAUGUACUAUGUACUGUACAUGUAUUUUCACAUGGUGCACAGUGUUUUUGAGGACAUACAAAGUUUUCAUGGCCAGUAUUGUAAACACCCAACAUUCCACUCACUAUGUAUGUAUACGAUAAGGAUCAAGAACUUUCAGUUUCGUUUAAAUUUCAUUGAUUUGCAGAAUAUCAAAAUUAUGCAUGCUUUUUUAAGUUUCACGAUUUUUUUAAUUAAAAAAGGAAUAUCCUAAUAUGUUACGACUUUCCGAGAAGCCACGUUUACUUUCUGAUAAGUUGCACAUUAUAUUUUUUAACCUCAAUUGUAAUGUAUGCCUGCUUGUUAUUACAUUUAAAGAUGCACUCGUACUCGUAAAUACAACUGAUUAAUUUUGCUGAAAAAGGAUGAAUAAAUAUUGAAAACAAUGGUUCUUAUGAAGCAUACCAUGUUUAAUUUGAAAGAAAGGUGUAGAAAACACGGUAUUUCUAUCUUCUGAGACGAUAGUUUAUCACUGUAAAUCUUUUAAGACCCACCAGUCAUAUAAUAUUUGUACGUUUUCAGCUAUUAAAUACACGGUUACAAACUUGUUAACAGUGAUUAAGUAAGAAGUGAAAGGUUUAUCACUCAAAACUUAUGUUUGUAAUACAUGUGCAUGUAUUGAUUUUAAAUAGGAGUAUCCAUGUAAGCAAUUAAUUGCUGUCUAUUUUGGUUUAAUUUCGACUGGACUAUUGUGAAUUUCUGUUCAAUUGAAUCAUGUAGUAUUUGACAAGUUGAAAUGUCCCCAUUUCUGAUAUUGCUAUCUAUUUGUGUUCACUAGAUCAACUUGGAACAUGACAUUGCCUUGUAUUAUGGCUCAAGAGGACGUCAGCUCACUGUUUUACAUACACGCUUUUGAAAGCGAUGUAGAUGUCCAUAAAUCAUCAAGGGGUUUAACUCCUGAAAAAAAUAUAGCCAGACUGAUUUGCGCUCUGCAAUAAGUGUAUUGACAAUCUAUAUAUUUGUCUGAAGUUUUCAUGUGAAUAACUGACAGAAAUGUUUUUGUGUUGAGACUGUUAUUUAAUUCUUUGCCUGCUACUGACUUACACUUUCCCUCAUUGGCAACUCCAAGGCUAGGACUGGGACUCGACUUUCUGUUUACAAGUAAAGUAGAAAUAAACACUCAUAUUUUGGCAACUGCCUGAGUCAAGAUGCUGGUAUCUUUUUCUUUUUGAUGUGCAUAAAUUUAAAUAAGCAGUUCUAUAUGUUACUUUUUUAAUAAUGAUUUUAGUUCAAUUACUAGUAUAAAUGUCAAUUUUACUAUUUUGUUUGUAUUGGCAGCCUCCUGACACCAAUGUCACAAAAAAUCUUGAGUCUCUUUGAACAGGACUAGGCUGAGCUCACUUUUUAUCCCCCGCCUAUGAAAUAGGGAGGGGGAUAUUGAAAUGGCGUUGUCCGUCCUUCCGUCUUUCCUUCCGUCCGUCCUUCCUUCCGUCCGUCACCUGCGUUUUCUCAGUAACUAGCCGGUAUAAUUUCAUGAAACUUAAAAUAAAUAUGAACCACUAUAUUGGAAUGAUGCCCGUCCAAAAAAAAAUUUGAUUGGUCAAUUGUCCUUGGAGUUAUUGCCCUUGAAUUUUUGAAAAAUGCACAUUCACAGCCAUUUCUCAGUCACUAGCUGGCAGAAUUUCAUGAAACUUAAAAUAAAUAUGAAUUACUAUACUGGGAUGAUGCCUGUUCAUUUUUUUUUGGAUUGGUCAAUUGUACUUGGAGUUAUUGCCCUUGAUUUUUUGAAAAACUCUCAUUUACAGCCAUUUCUCAGUAACUAGUUGGUAGAAAUUCUUGAAACUUGAAAUAAAUAUGAACCAACAUACUGCGAUGAUGCCUGUUUAUUUAUAUUUUGGAUUGUGUAAUUUCUAUAUGAGUUACUUGCCCUUGAUUUAUUAAAAGAUCCAUGUUUGCAGCCUUUUCUAUGCAACUAGCUGGUAGAAUUUCAUGACACUUGGAAUAAAUUAGAACCAACAUACUGUGAUGAUGCCUGUCUAUUUUUCUUUUGGAUUGGUCAAUUUUCCUUAGAGUUAUUGCCCUUGAUUUAUUAAAAAAUCAUUGUUUGCAGUCGUUUCUCAGUAAAACCAAUGUGCUUAUCUUAUUCUUUCUGAGAUUUUUUUUAACCUUCAAGCACAAACAAGCCAUCAAGGACAAACAAGCCAUCGUUGGCGGGGGAUAUCUUUUCACUGAAAAUGCUUGUUUUGUUAUCGUAUAAUUUGUGUAAUAUAAACAUUCUUCAGAGUUUUUAUACUGUAUGAGAUAAUUGUCUUCAUAAUAAUCACGAUAAACUAAUUUUCAUUAAAUUAUAUCAAGACUAAGUAAGGAAUUGAAUUGCUUACUUGAAGGGCUUACAAACUUUUGAGAAAUUGGGGCCUGUUCUGCAAUAUGUUAUUAUAUUUUUGAUCAAUUCAGUAUGGUUGUCUCCAGGUUGUAGGAGAAAAAUGCAUACGCUAUUUAUCAAUAUUAAUUAAGUUGUAAAUGUGUAGGGAUGACUGCUGUUUAAGUGUUUGUGAUAUGAAUGUGAUCAUGUCUUGUUGUUUGAAUGUUAUCAUGUUAUUGUUAAAGUAUAAAAUAAUUUAUUCUCAAAGAAUAAAAUCACAGUAAGAAACCAU